GUACCUACAGCGGUUUUAACAGUUGUUGUAAAAGGCCUCAAAGAGAUGCUGAUCUUCUUUGUUAUGCCAGCAGGAAGAGGCAGAAAAGCUGGGACACCUUCAUCACCACCCAAGCCAGUGUUCCCCAGGGCAGCACUUUUACGAGCAAGUGCUUUAACAAAGGGCAAUGUGAAAUGUGAACGCAGCGCCACUAAUGCUACAACUUUCCAUGCAACUGUCCAAGACGAUAAUAGCAUCGUCAUCUCUUUAGAAGCUUCGGAUGUCAUCAGUCCAGCAUCUGUGUAUGUUGUGAAGAUAACUGGUGAAUCCAAAAAUUAUUUCUUUGAAUUUGAGGAAUUCAACAGCACUUUGCCUCCUCCUGUUAUCUUUAAAGCCAGUUAUCAUGGCCUUUAUUAUAUAAUUACUUUGGUAGUGGUGAAUGGAAACGUGGUUACCAAGCCAUCCAGAUCAAUCACGGUGUUGACAAAACCUCUACCUGUAACCAGUGUUUCGAUAUAUGACUAUAAACCUUCUCCUGAAACAGGAGUUCUGUUUGAAAUUCAUUAUCCAGAAAAAUAUAAUGUUUUCACAAGAGUAAACAUAAGCUACUGGGAAGGUAAAGACUUCCGGACAAUGCUAUACAAAGAUUUCUUUAAAGGAAAAACAGUAUUUAAUCACUGGCUUCCAGGAAUAUGUUAUAGUAAUAUCACCUUCCAGCUAGUAUCUGAGGCAAGUUUUAAUAAAAGUACCCUCGUGGAGUGCAGUGGUGUUAGUCAUGAACCCAAACAGCAUAGAACUGCCCCUUAUCCACCUCGAAACAUUUCUGUUCGUAUUGUAAACUUGAACAAAAACAACUGGGAAGAACAGAGUGGCAGUUUCCCAGAUGAAUCAUUCAUGAGAUCACGAGAUACAAUAGGAAAGGACAAACUCUUCCAUUUUACAGAUGAAACUCCAGAAACUCCCUCUGGCAACAUUUCUUCUGGUUGGCCUGAUUUGAACAGCAGUGACAAUGAAACUACAUCCCAGCCAUACUGGUGGGACAGUGCAUCUGCAACUCCUGAAAGUGAAGAUGACUUCGUCAGUGUACUUCCCACGGAAUACGAAAAUAACAAUACACUCAGCGAGACUGAGAAGUCAGCAUCAGGCUCUUUCUCUUCUUUCCCUGUGCAAAUGAUAUUGAGCUGGUUACCUCCAAAACCACCCACUGCCUUUGAUGGGUUCCAUAUUCAUGUAGAAAGAGAAGAGAACUUUACUGAAUAUUUGACAGUGGAUGAAGAAACGCAUGAAUUUGUUGCAGAACUGAAGGAGCCUGGGAAAUACAAGUUAUCUGUGACAACCUUCAGUUCCUCGGGAUCGUGUGAAACUCGAAGAAGUCAGUCCGCAAAAUCACUCAGCUUUUAUAUCAGUCCUUCAGGAGAGUGGAUUGAAGAGUUGACUGAGAAGCCCCAGCAUGUGACCGUGCAUGUUUUAAGCUCAACCACUGCCUUGAUGUCCUGGACAUCUUCCCAAGAGAACUACAACAGCACCAUUGUGUCUGUGGUGUCGCUGACCUGCCAGAAACAGAAGGAGAGCCAGAGGCUUGAAAAGCAGUACUGCACCCAGGUGAACUCGAGCAAAGCUAUUAUUGAAAAUCUGGUUCCUGGUGCCCAGUAUCAGGUUGUGAUGUACCUAAGAAAAGGCCCUUUGAUUGGACCACCUUCAGAUCCUGUGACGUUUUCCAUUGUUCCUACUGGAAUAAAGGAUUUAAUGAUCUAUCCCUUGGGUCCUACAGCAGUGGUUCUGAGCUGGACCAGACCUUACUUAGGAGUGUUCAGAAAAUAUGUGGUCGAAAUGUUUUAUUUCAACCCUGCAACGAUGACAUCAGAGUGGACGACCUACUAUGAAAUAGCAGCGACUGUCUCCUUAACUGCAUCAGUGAGAAUAGCUAACCUGUUGCCAGCCUGGUACUACAACUUUCGGGUUACCAUGGUGACAUGGGGAGACCCAGAAUUGAGCUGUUGUGACAGUUCCACCAUAAGCUUCAUCACAGCCCCAGUGGCUCCAGAAAUCACUUCUGUGGAAUAUUUCAACAGUCUGUUAUACAUCAGUUGGACAUAUGGGGAUGACACAACUGACCUGUCCCAUUCUAGAAUGCUACACUGGAUGGUUGUUGCAGAAGGAAAGAAGAAAAUUAAAAAGAGUGUAACACGCAAUGUCAUGACUGCAAUUCUCAGUUUGCCUCCAGGAGACAUCUACAACCUCUCAGUAACUGCUUGCACUGAAAGAGGAAGUAAUACCUCUUUGCUCCACCUUGUCAAGCUAGAACCAGCUCCUCCCAAGUCACUCUUUGCAGUGAACAAAACUCAGACUUCAGUGACUUUGCUGUGGGUGGAAGAAGGAGUGGCUGAUUUCUUUGAAGUCUUCUGUCAGCAAGUUGGCUCCAGUCGGGAAACCAAACUCCAGGAACCAAUUGCUGUUUCUUCUCAUGUCGUGACCAUCUCCAGCCUCCUCCCUGCCACUGCCUACAACUGUAGUGUCACCAGCUUUAGCCAUGACAGCCCCAGUGUUCCUACAUUCAUAGCCGUCUCAACAAUGGUUACAGAGAUGAAUCCUAACGUGGUGGUAAUCUCAGUGCUGGCCAUCCUUAGCACACUCUUAAUCGGACUGCUGCUUGUCACCCUUGUCAUUCUUAGGAAAAAGCAUCUGCAGAUGGCUAGGGAAUGUGGAGCUGGAACAUUUGUCAACUUUGCAUCCUUGGAGAGAGAUGGAAAGCUUCCAUACAACUGGCGUAGGAGUAUAUUUGCUUUCUUAACCCUGCUACCCUCAUGUCUUUGGACUGAUUAUCUUUUGGCAUUUUAUAUUAAUCCUUGGAGUAAAAACGGUUUAAAGAAGAGGAAACUGACUAACCCGGUUCAACUGGAUGACUUUGAUGCCUACAUCAAGGACAUGGCCAAAGACUCUGACUAUAAAUUUUCUCUGCAGUUUGAGGAGUUGAAAUUAAUUGGACUGGACAUUCAUGACUUUAGCCGAGUGAGAUUAGUCUCCAUGAAUGAAGAGGAAGGUGCAGACUACAUCAAUGCCAACUAUAUUCCAGGAUACAACUCACCACAGGAAUAUAUUGCCACCCAGGGGCCGCUGCCUGAAACCAGAAAUGACUUCUGGAAGAUGGUCCUACAACAGAAAUCUCAGAUGAUUGUCAUGCUCACUCAGUGUAAUGAGAAGAGGAGGGUGAAAUGUGACCAUUACUGGCCGUUCACAGAAGAACCUAUAGCUUACGGAGACAUCACCGUGGAGAUGAUUUCCGAGGAAGAGCAGGACGACUGGGCCUGUAGACACUUCCGGAUCCACUACGCUGAUGAGAUGCAGGAUGUGAUGCAUUUUAACUAUACUGCGUGGCCUGAUCACGGUGUGCCCACAGCAAAUGCUGCAGAAAGUAUCUUGCAGUUUGUAUACAUGGUCCGACAGCAAGCUACCAAGAGCAAAGGCCCCAUGAUCAUUCACUGCAGUGCCGGAGUGGGACGGACGGGAACAUUCAUCGCUCUGGACAGGCUCUUGCAGCACAUCCGGGAUCAUGAGUUUGUCGACAUUUUAGGGCUGGUGUCAGAAAUGAGGUCAUACCGGAUGUCUAUGGUACAGACAGAGGAGCAGUACAUCUUCAUCCAUCAGUGCGUGCUGCUGAUGUGGACGAAGAAGAAGCAGCAGUUCUGCAUCAGCGAUGUCAUAUAUGAGAAUGUCAGCAAGUCCUAGCUCAGGAUCGCAGCAGAGAGGACGUGAUGUGCACCCAUCCUCCCUUGCUUCCACAGUUUUAUGGGGGCCCCUGCUAGUCAUUUUGCUGCAAAGAGCCCUCGCUUUGUAGUAUGUGGCCAGGAGAUAAUAUAUCUCAUAGAAGCACCGGGAAGACUUAGCCUUAAAGAGCCUACAGUGUCUUUUGGACUUUUUCACUUCUGGACAUUUAAUGAUGGACCAAAUUCAACAGAACACCAGAAAGGUCAAGACGCUUUGCAAAGGGCAGGAAGUACAGCAUUUCUGAAGAGUUUGGUUGGCCCUUUGCUAGUUGGGCUGAGUUUUUUGUGUUUUUAUAAGUGCAAUAAUUUUUGUAUGUGUGUGAUUUUAUCAGAAAGUUGUAUUGUUUUGCCCACACCACUGUUCAACCCCAUAGCCCAGGAAGGAACAGGCAUUGCUAGUAUCAAAUUAUACCUCACUAUUAAUAAGAGGCAUGGCCACACAUGAAGAAAUGGGAAUUCUGCUUCUAGGAAAUUGAACCAACAUUGUCUGCACCCCAACGUUAAGCUACAGGGUCAGGAGCGGGGAGGGAAGACAGGGAAGAAAGAGGGGGCUUCUACCCACAGGUCAACCGCGUAUCUUUUCCUACUGCAAAUAUGAAAAGCUGUAAGUCAACCUCAAAGUAGAGUAGAAAAAAUAUUUGUCUUAGUUGUUCUAGUUCUUGAUGGUUUUCUUCCUUAUUAACAGUUGGGUGUUUCUUCCUUGGCCCUUUUGGACUAAUGUCACUGUCGAGGUUCUUGUUCAAAAACGAGACCUGGUUCAGAAAUUUCAAGUCUGACUCUUUAAACUCCGUUGCUGUCUGAGCAGUCUUGGUGCCUAGAUUCUGCAUUCCGUCUUCUGUUGACCUGCAUACAUGUGAGAGCCACUUCUUUGAGAACUAUAGGCUCUGAAAAUGCACUUUCUUUCCCCCAGAGAGCUGGGAAUUUAUGGUUACAACAAUGAACUGCAGCAUGCUAGGACAAUUAUUUGGCUACAAUUUUUGGUAAUAUUGUCAAGUGUCUCUCUGGAUUCCAACAGAGAUUUCAUUUCAUUUUGUUUUCUUUUUGGUUGUCAGUUUCACUUUAACCAGUGUAACUAGUAACGUUUUAUUCUUUGGAUUUUGUAUAAUUACAGUACAUGGUUGUGUAUUGUGACAUGAAUGCUGUCAAAACGGACAGUGAGGGCAUCGUGAAGCCUGUUUCUUUGUGUCACUUCCUGAGAAAUAAGAGGUGAUGGUAUCGAUAUACAAAGGAAGACAUUUUGAGUUGCAAGUAAACCCGAGCUGGCUGCUUCACUGUGGCAAUGUGGCUGUUGGGAGCCUUCUUGUAUGUGCUUCCAGGACACCUGGCUCCUCUCUGUGUAUCUGAUCACUGCCCUUUCCCCUGGCUUCUCUCCAUUCCUGAUCAUCUUCAUGAAGCCGUGUAUAUAGGAUCAGUGUAAUAUCUUACCAGUGACCUUAGUGAUGGUGAAGGAUGCCAGAUGAACAGCUCUGCACCCCACCGUGUCUUGUCACUGAGAAGGCCUGGCCACAGCAGAGCUUGGCAAAGUUCCUUGCAAGACCUGGCCAGCAAGUCUCGCUUUCGCCUUGCAGGGUGAAUGGCAGAGGAUGUCCAUCCCCCGCAGGCCAACAGCCUGGACUCCUCAGGGAUCCUCAGUUUUCACUCACCUCCCUUCCUCCACUUCUUGCCUCCCUCAUGCCACCUCCUCCUCUUCUCACCCCCACUCCUUUACUUCCCUUCUUGCACAUUUUAAUAAUAUAUCACACCAUUCUUGGGGACAAACAUGGUUAUAGAAAGGUGGCAAACCUAUGUAUGACAUUCUUAGACUUCACACAGGGCAGGAGUGAAGUGCACAACCUUGGAAGAGCCAAUAUGAUGCACAGGUCAGCUGGAAUACGUUUCCAACACUGCCACGCAGACACUUACAGAAGUUUUGCAGCCCAGAACACUACUUCCCAUGAAACAAAGCACUUCAUAAAUAUUUCCUGUUUUUCUUGAGUACUUCAUCAAAGUGGGAUCAAAUAGUGCCAGAUCAAUUUUCCCAAAAGAAAAGAUGAAGUAUCCAGAUCAUUCCUUCAGGGGUCUCCAAAGUCAUUACUAUGUUUAUUAGGACACUGAUACUCCACAACUCCACAAUUUGUAAAGCUUUUGGUGGAAGAAGCAUCAAUGUAUCACAAGACUUGAGCAUUAAUCCUGAUAAUGACUUUGGAACUUAACUCUGCUGAGUUCCAGUUAAUAAAUUGAAUAAAACCUA